AUGCAUGAUGUGCUGUUCAAAGAUCUUCAGCUUCAAGAAGAAAAUAUUACAUUUAGACAAACUUUGGAUACUGGAAAACAACCAUUACGUGUUUUUUUCGAUUUCAGUAGUUUAUCAUCGGGCAGAGAUCUAAAACAAUGUCAGCAUAUCGGAGAAGAAAUAGAUAAUGGCUACAGCAAAAUAAAAUGCACACAAGCUGAUCUUCUUUCAACAGAUAAAAUUACAGUAAUUAAAGCAACAUUAGAAAACUUACAGCAGCAUCUUUCUGAAUUACUUACAGUUAAUAGAAAAACUUCGCCAUCUGAGAAUUACGAUGUAAAAAUCAAGGUGUAUAUUCGUUCUUAUGGCGAAUCUGACAUUCUUGCAGCAGCUACAGCUACUAAGUAUGAGUCCACAGAAGGAAGACCUGUAGCUGGCGAAAUGUAUAUUAAUUCUAAAGAAAUUCCUCCGAAUAUCUUGUCAAAGGAUAGCCCAGUCAGAUAUUUCUACGAUGUUUUGUUGCAUGAGACAAUCCAUGUUUUAGGAAUCGCAAAUAAUCUUUUUUAUAAGUGGAUUGACCCAGUAACAAAGAAGCGUUAUACCAAAAUGUUUGCAGAAUACGCUGAUCCUAACUACCCAGGCAAGACGUUCAAAGUUUUUCAGACUCCAAACGCUAUUAAAGUUUCCCAACGACGAUUUGCACGCAAAUACUUAGCAAAAGAUAUACCAUUAGGUAUAGAACUUGAAAACCUUGGUGGAUCCGGUACAGCUGGUUCUCAUGUCAAAGGUCGAACAUAUUAUAACGAAAUUAUGGCCGGAAUAUGUCUUCCUCCCCAAAGAAUCUCCGAAAUUACUCUUUCUCUUCUAGAAGACACCGGAUGGUACGAAGCCAACUGGUCAAUGGCCGAACCAUUACCAUGGGGAGAUGGAAAAAGUUUUUCUGACUCCGAAAUCCCUGAUUUUCCAAUAACUCCUCCCGACCAACUCCCUGAUAACUACAUUUGCCCGCAUUACAGGAACAAGGAGUACCUUUGCAACUACGAUUACAGCGGUGUAAGUGAGUGUGGAGUUCCUUUAUAUGUUCCAAACUGCGACAAACAGAAAACAUCUGAUGAAAGAGAGAUUUGCAGGGCAAAGAAAUGGUAUGAUUCGCUCGGAUCUCAUUGGUUCGGUCCUGCAGAUACAUUUGAUUACAUGAAGAUCCUAAAGGCGAGAGAAUGGUUGAUGUGUUCCGAACAAUGGUCAAAAACUUUAGUUGAAGAAUCAAAAAAUUCGAUGAUGACAUUUGGUUCUGAUUCUGUAUGCAGCGAAAUAGUUUUAGACACAAACAGUCAGUUCAAGAAAAUGGCUGGUUGUUAUAGAACUACUUGUCUUUAUAAUAACACUGUUACAAAGAUGACUUUGGCUUCCGGAGAUGAAAUUUAUUGUACUAGAAAAGGUGAAGUGAAAUUCAUUGGAAAUUUGUCAAUAAUUUGUCAAGAUCCUAAGUUGGUUUGCAAGAUGAGGGAUUUCAAUAAAGGAACUGUUGUUUCUCCUAAGGAUUACGUCUAUACACCAACUCCAAUUCCUUCUCCAACUGUUUUUAUUCCAAAUAAUAAUUCUUCACCUCAAAGUGAGGAUCAGGAAGAGGAUGAAGUGAAAAAUGAUGGUCAAACAAAGUAUUACAUAAUAACUAUCAUUGUUUUGUCUUGUAUUAUUUUAAUUCUCACAAUUAUUAGUGUAUUUUUGCUCAUUAAAUGCAAAGCAAAGCCAAUUAAUGAUAAAGACAUAUCUAAUGUAUUGGUUCCAAAGCCAGAUGGAGAAAAACUGGAUGUUGAACCUGAGAUCCAGGUCUAA